CAAUUCUAUUUCCUUCCCUAGUUCCAACCCACAACCACAAGCCACGACUCGAGAAUUCCAGUUGCAGUGAAAUGAUGCCUCUAGUUGUUUCAUUGUUCCCUUGGUGUCACCAGCACUCCCUUUUGAUCAUCUCCUUCCUCCUCCCCCUGUUCUUCUUCUUCUUGCUGCCGUUCUUCUUAGGCCAAAACAAGGUUAUGCAAUCAGAAAGGAGAAAGCUGACCUCGCUUCCCACCCCGCCGAGGCUUCCUGUGCUCGGCAACCUCCACCAGCUCGGCUCCGCUGCGCAUCGCUCCUUGCGAUCACUCUCCGAGAAGUAUGGCCCUGUGAUGCUCAUGUACUUUGGCUGCGUCCCCACCGUCAUCGUCUCCUCAGCUGAAGCAGCUCAUGAGGUCAUGAAGACGCGCGACCUCGCCUUUGCAAGCAGGCCAAAGUCGAGCAUGGCCGACAGGCUUUUAUACAAUUCCCACGAUGUCGCCUUCUCACCCUAUAGUGAGUAUUGGCGGCAGGUGAGGCGAAUUUGUGUCCUCCACCUUCUCAGCCUCAAGAGGGUGCAGUCAUUUCGCUCUGUUAGAGAAGAGGAAGUGGUGCUAAUGAUCGAUAACAUUCGCUGCGCCGCCUCCAACAUGCAACCUGUGAACCCUAGCAAGUUGAUAUCCACCUUAACCAGCGACAUAGUCUGCAGAGUAGCUUUCGGGAGGAAGUACUCUAAGGAAGAAGAUGGCGGUAAUACGUUCCGAGAAAUGCUUAGGGAGACGCUAGAAUUGCUUGGAACGUUUCCUGUGGGGGACUUCAUUCCACGGUUGCGCUGGGUUGAUUGGUUGAGAGGACUGGAUGCAAGGGUGAGAAACACCGCCAAACAAAUAGAUUGUUUCACUGAGAAAAUAAUAGAGGCCCAUCUGCAUGUUAAGAAUGAUGGAAGUGAUGAUCACAGGGACAUCUGCGACUUCAUCGAUGUUCUGCUUUCCCUCGACAAUGAUAAGAAUGACGGUUCCGGCAUUUCCCUCGGCAGGGACAGUAUCAAGGCUGUUACUUUGGAUAUGUUUGCUGGUGGCACUGACACGACAUACACCGUGAUCGAAUGGGUGAUGGCGGAGCUUGUCAGGCACCCGAAAGACAUGAAAAGAGUGCAAGAGGAAGUGAGAAAGGUAGUUGGAUUAAAAGAGAAGAUAGAAGAGGAAUUGCUAGGUGAGAUGCACUACUUGAAGGCAGUGAUUAAAGAGGUUUUAAGGUUGGACACACCAGUUCCUUUACUGGUUCCCCGGGAAUCAAUCGAAGAUACCAAGUUGCAGGGCUAUGACAUUCCAGCAGGGACUAGAGUCAUGAUCAAUGCUUGGGCAAUUGCAAGGGAUCCCAGAUCAUGGGAGAGGGCCGAGGAAUUUUGGCCUGAUAGGUUUAUGAACAGUUCCUUUGAUUUCAGAGGGCAGGACUUCCAAUUUAUACCAUUUGGUGCUGGCCGGAGAGGCUGUCCUGGCAUUGCCUUUUCGAUCCCCGUCGUCGAGCUCGCUCUCGCCAAUUUGUUGCAUCAUUUUGAUUGGGAGUUGCCUGAUGGGAUGAAAGAAGAGUCACUGGAUAUGAGUGAAUCUGCUGGAAUUACUUCACGUAAGAAAGUGAAUCUGAUUCUUGUGGCAAAACCUCGAAUUAUUUAAGUCAGUAUAAACUACUCUACUUUACAGUACUGUACUUUCUUUUGGCAGUCUGCUAGGUAUGUUUGAAGUUCUAUGUUUACGAAGACCCAUGUCGCAUUUAUGGCAAAGACUAAAUUAUUAUCUAUAAAUAUAUCUGUUGUCCACAUA